GAGAGACUUUCAAACCGUUAAGUUCCUCAUUCUGACCAUAGAGUAAAUGACUGUGCUGCUGGGCGGGUCGAAACACAUUACACACAUAUAAACCAGCAGGCGCCUUUGUUUCUAUCUGUUGAUCCUGAGUGGCAAUAGUGGAAAGCAUGGCUGAGGCAGACCGACCAGGGAAGCUCUUCAUCGGUGGCCUGAACACUGAAACUAGUGAGAAGGUCCUUGAAGCAUAUUUCAGCAAAUUUGGCAGAAUAUCAGAAGUUCUGUUGAUGAAGGAUCGUGAAACAAAUAAGUCUAGAGGCUUUGCAUUUGUAACUUAUGAAAAUCCCGGUGACGCAAAAGAUGCAGCGAGAGAAAUGAAUGGAAAGCCCCUUGAUGGAAAGCCUAUUAAAGUGGAACAGGCCACAAAACCUCAGUUUGAGUCUUCAGGACGCCGUGGUCCACCACCAUCACGGAGUCGUGGCCCUGCUAGAGGUUCACGAGGGUCCAGGGGAGCACCAAGUGGAAUGCGGGGACCACCAAGCAGAGAACCCUUUUUUAAAGGAAUGUCAUCCAGAGGGCCACCACCACUGAAAAGAGGCCCCCCAGUGCGGAAUGGAGGACCCCCACCCAAGAGAUCUGCACCCUCUGGGCCAAUGGGCAGACCGCCAAUGUCAAGAGACAGGGACCCGUACGGCCCUCCUCGCAGAGAUUCUCUGAUGUCACGUCGGGAUGAUGGUCCUCCGCCUCGUGAUGACCACUACAGUAAAGACAGCUACUCCAGCCGUGACUACAUGAGUUCACGGGACAGUCGAGACUACGCCCCACCACCACGUGAUUACCCAUACCGGGAGUAUUCGGGCCAUUCCAGUUCCAGAGAUGAUUAUGGGUCAGGAUCCAGAGGUUACAGUGAUCGUGAUGGCUACAGUGGAGGAAGAGAGCCCAGGGGUUACAUGGAUAGGCCCAGUUCAGGCUCCUAUAGAGACCCUUACGACAGUUACGGUAACUCACGCAGCGCCCCACCCUCAAGGGGUCCCCCUCCGUCCUACAGUGGGAGUGGCGGAAGCAGUCGUUAUGACGACUAUGGCAGCAGUUCCCGGGAUGGAUAUGGCAGUCGAGACAGUUAUCCCAGCAGUCGGAGUGACCUGUACUCCACUAGUCGUGGUGACCGUCCGGGUAGGCAGGAGCGAGGGCCACCCCCUCCCCUUGAGAGAGGCUAUCCUCGUGAAUACAGCUCGAGCCGUGGGGCACCUCGGGGUGGUGGCCGAGGCGGCGGUCGGGCAGAUAGAGGAAUGGCCCGGAACAGAUACUGAGAUGGACUCUGGGGGAGGAAAAAAUAAAAAGGAGAAAUGAUGGCUUCUCGUUGAAAACGUUCAAAAGACUUUAAGAUUCCAAAAAAACGCGCCCUUUUAAACUCUGGACUUCGAGCUUCAGUUUCAAGCUGUACUCAAACUUGUGAAGGUUUUUAUUUUUAUUAUUUUUUUAUUAUUUUUGUCCUUUUUAAAUUCAGAGUUUCUUUUCUCUUGCCCACUUCCCAUUUAAUGGUACCGUUGCAAAUCUAAGUGUGUUCUUUUUGUAUACUAGUGACUUGUUAAACCUGCAAUGCCCUAACAUAUGGCUUUCAUUUACCAAUAAAGUGUUUUUAAUCAAAGAUCUUGAGCAACAACACUCUAUUCAAGAGAAUUAGAAAUGAUGAUGCAUAAAUAUUCAUUUACCUUCAGUUUUCCAUUGUAAGCAACCCCAAAUUCCACUUAAUAUAGAAGCAAUGCAGAAUAUUCAUGUAGGCAUGAUUGUUCACAUUGUUGGGGACUGGGCAAAUGUCACCUUUUUUCCAAACUCUCUAUGGGUGUAGUUUUCCUCAGUGCAAAUGGAUCCUUCAUCACAAAGCCUAAACAUUGACGCCUUGCAUCGACCAAUCCAAAGACAACCAAAAUGCAAGAAACAAAUCAGCACCACAGAUAAAACCUGCCAACAGCUGGUAAGCAAAGCAAACCCUUUUGUUCUGGUAUAAGUCAAGUCUCGGUGGUGUUGUUUUUGCACUGUAAUUUAGUCAAACAUCGACUUGGUUGCCCUGGCUUUUUCAAAUGCAAUCUGAAACGAUAUAAUUUCCAACAUUAUUAACAAAACCUCACUUCUGCCUUCAAAGGAGUCUAUGAUCCCUCUCCCCAACCACUGGAUCACUUCAGUUUAGGAGGUCUUAAUCUCAGAAAUGUCAGCCAGUUCUACUGUUGCACUAAAGGAGAAAAUGUCUGGAUUUUUUUCCCUGCCCCUUUCAAAUGAGAAAUGGCCCCCUUUUUUUUUUUUUUUUAAAGGAUGUUAAGAUGAGUCUCCUCAAUGGAUCUAUAUCUACAGCCAAAUGUAAACCACGUAGCUGCAAAACCUCUUGAAACCUCCCAGUGGAACCCUUUUGAAAAUGUAGUAAAUUCACUUAGUAUUAACAAAAAAGCUAGAACGCUCUCAAGCAUGCCGUUUCUAACAAAGGAGACCACGUGGAGAAAGACAGCACCCUAUCAACAAACCUGGAAAACAAUCAGUUUGGGUCAUUUGAGUUCUUUUGUAAAAUUACACUUAAAUUUGUCCCUUAUGCUGAGCUACAACAGUUUGCUGAUGGAAACUCUCAUUGCAGGCUGAAUGGGGGGGAAAGGAGUUUGAUGUUAAUACCUCGUUGCUGAUCAGCACCUGUUGCCAUUUGGUGAUGCAUGACGGUCUCAAGUAAGAUGCAGAUCCAAGCCAUUCAGGUUCCUUGGAGGCUGCUGUUCAUUGAGGCACGUGAUGUUUAGAUGGAGUCCUGGAGUGCUACAGUUGAAUUGCUCAUUUAUUUAUUAUGACUUUUUAAUAAACUCAUUUGAAUUGAAAUGAA